AUGUAUGUGAAAUGGUUUGAUACAGGAAUGUUUAUACUAUGUGAUUUUAGUGUAUUUAGUGAAUGUAUUUUUUACAAUUUUCAAAUUUCCCGCCGUUCCGUCCCCCCUACGUCCCGACGUCGCAGGGAACGGACCCUGGAAGACAGAUGCCGGCAUCGGCCGGAGGAGAUGGCUGGGGAUGCUGCAGGGGACACAUCGCGGGAGCGAAGGACAAGGUAAGCGCUGCAGGGACCCCCUGAGCACCGCCGCAUGGUAAGCCCGAGUGUAGCUCGGGGUUACCGCUCUUGGUACUGAAAUUUUACCCCGAGCUACACUCGGGAAUACCGCCAGGGAGGUUAAGGCCU